CGCGACAGGGCAACGAUCAGCAAUGGCGGCCGGCGGCCGGUGAGUUUCGCGUAUGUUUAACGUCAAAACGUUAAAGGUAUGCGGUGAUCCCGGCGUGCAGAUAUGACAGCGCACGUCAUCUGCGAAGCGAAUCUUUCGCGAAUUGUCGUCGCGUUGCUCCUGUGCACGCGAUGCGUGCAGAUUUAUGCGGGAAUCGGGGCCGAGGUCGAUCUCAACGUGGAAGGAAGCGGGUUUCAUAGAACGUUGAUCUAUCGCAUACACUUCGAGAAUCUUACACAGGAUGGCUGUCGAGUUGCCAUUUACAUGGAAUUACCGUCGGCGUUGUACGUCAAUACGGACGAAAUAGCAGAAAUGAGAAGACGAGGAACGAAUAUGGUAUGUUCCGUUGGUGAGACCGACGUCGAGUUAUUUGCAGAGAAAGCUGGUCGGCAGAAUGUGACGACUUGCGCAUCCAUAAGCUCGUCGUUCUCCAGUUUAACAAUUCCUGUUCACCAACGAUACCGAUAUGCGCACGAGACUGGCGGUUACAUCAACGUGACUUUGCUGGAGCCGAAACUGCUGCUGGGAUGCCGGGAGAGGGUCAGAGACCACCGAGUGUCCAAGAUAGACUUGUGUGAACCGUGCGUCAGUCUAAUGACCAAAUGGCGUGAAAUUCCAUAUCGUAUGUCGCAGAAUCGCGAGUACGUUUGGCCGAUACCGGUCGGUGACUUGUCUCUAUCGCUCUUUGUCACUUGCGCCACGUUACUGACGACUAUUAUCGGCGCGAUAUUCAUCGGCCACGCCAUUUGGAGCAACGCGGGCCAAAGUCAUCCAAAAGAAGACUGAGAUUUAAAUAUACAUGCAGUUUUGUACGAUUAUCAAAUUUUUAUUAAUGAAUAUCUUACAAUUAGA